AUGAAGCUGCCCCAGUAUCUCCUGGUCACUGAUGCACGAGAAAUGCUUCAUGAUGCUUGUACAACAUUUUCGGGUGUCCACUACUCUAAUCCCUCCCCCAAAUCGCUCAUUAAUUUGCAUUUGCUAACAAAUAUCUUUGGGAAGUUAAUGCCUUCGGUUAUUGCUGUGGAAGAAAGUCGCCCUGGCGGAGUGAAAAAUUCUUGGGAUAAUUUUACACCUCUGUUGGAAAUCAACAAAAGCCAAAGUAAAGUUAACAAUGAGGUAGAGGCGGAAGUAGAAGCUGCAAGGUGUGCAGAACGAGAGGCUCUCGUGAAGCUUGGCAUUGUGAUGGAGGAGGCAGAAAAGAGCAGCAAUAAGGUAGCAAGAGUGGUGGAACAUAAGAACCAAACGGAAUUCAAGGUUCUUGCAAUAUCAGACAAGUAUCUUCUGUGGACAGCCGAUAAGAAGAAUUUGGAUGAUCUUCUCAAAGUGGGUGAAGGCCUUUUUAAAAAACCAGUUUGUAGGGUUAAUUUGGAGACUGGCAGGGUCGAGCCUUGUAAACACGAGUCCAAUGAAGAGGCUCUAACUAGGUUUGCAAGACUAUUAUCUGAAGAGAAGUGGCUUCGCCUUGCAAGGUCACCCGUUGGACAUGCUGCAAAUCCUAACUGA